AACCGGACUACGUUUCCCAGAGCGCCUUGCGUGCGGAGCACUGGCUGCAGCAGCAGAGCAGCGCAAUGAUGGGGUGCCGGUGGCUGGGAUGGGUUUAAUGCACUGACCGGAGGAUGGCAGCGUGUGACAGGGAGAUAGUGUAUCACAAGGACAGCUCCCAGAGUGAAGAUAUUGAUGAGUGGGACGAUGCCGCUCUUAUUAAAUCCUAUGAAAAGGCUGUCCAGUCUUUCCAGGAUAUGCUUAGAUGCAGUGAUAAGAACCGGAGACACGAAGGAGCAAGUGCACCUGGUGAUCCCCAGAAAGAUUGUCAGCGGGAGACCUCCAGAGAGUCAGAGUGGGAGAGAGAUGGUCAUAGGGAUUACCCAAAGGAUGAGGGAGAGAAAUGGAAAAAAAAGAAGAAGGCACACCCUCCACCCCCUCUCGCCCAUCCUGCUCAGCCCACCUCUCGCUCCCUUGCUUCCAAAUGGAAAGUGGGAGACCCUUGUAGUGCCGUUUGGUCAGAAGAUGGAUGUGUCUACCCUGCUACAGUAAAAUCCAUUGACAAAGAAACUGGCACCUGUGUGGUACAAUAUGAUGGCUAUGGCAAUACUGAGAGGCAUCAGCUGGAUGAAAUAGUAUCUGUGGGGAGCAGUGGAGACAGCACCCCACCUGCCGGAAAGGAUGAGGAAGACACAGAUUGGCUGUACACAAGGAGGAGUUCUACCUCUUCACCUGACCUAUCACGCCAUUGGAGGAAACAGGGGAAGAAAUCUGAUUGGAUGUACACUUUUCCACCUCCACCACCGCCUCCACCUCCCCCUCCACCACCUCCACCUUCAUUACCUCCUCCUCCUCCACCCAAGGGCUGCUUUUGGCCGCCGCCACCACCACCAGUGAGGGCUCAUCUUCCUGCCUGGCACAACUGGCCUCCGUCAGCUCCCCUUCCUCCUCCUCCACCACCACCACCUUUCUUCAGCACAGAGUGGGAGGAUUAUGAUGAAGAGGAACAGGAAGAUGAAGAUGUAUUAGCUUGUAUGCUGAUGGCUUGGUACAUGACUGGAUAUCACACUGGAUUUUACAAGGGCCUCAAGCAGGGCCGCGCUGAAGCUUUGAGACCCAACCUUAAAAAGGGGCCCAGGAGAAAAUAGCAUGAUAAGGACAAAAGGAUUAUCUCUCCCAUGGAGAAGGCAGGACACCGCUUAAUUCUACAUUGCCUCUUGGACAGCCUCCUCUGCCUUCAUCUCCCCUGUUCCCUGUAAAUGCUCACUCAUACUUGUUGAGAAACCCAAUUACAAGUACUAUAUAUCGGAAGUGCUAUAAUAAAAUGUUGUUUCCAGUU